GAGGAGGAGGAGGAGGAGGGAGAAUGGCAGAUGCAUGAUGGUGAGGGGGAGGGGGAGACCUCUGGCAUUGAGAAGUUGGAUGAGGAGAUUGAUCUCAAGUCAAGAAUGAUACCUGAUAACCUGUUGGCAGAGGAUGAGAAGAUAUUCACCACAUUCUAUGCAAAGAUAAACAGACACUUCACAAAUGCACAGUACAACACCCUCAACUUCACCUAUCCUGACAUCUUUUAUGAUCUCCCCUAUAUUGAAUGA